AUGGGAGUUGGAGAAAAGUGUUGUAAUAAACAACAAAUUAUGGAUGGAAUAGUUGAGUCAUCAUCAGAAGGUAAAAGAUGGAUUAUUGCAUUGAGGAGGCCAAUGAAGCCCAUAUUGACCAAGGCAACAUGGGAGAAGAAGAACGAUGAUGAUGAAGAAGAGUAUUGCUCCACAACACCAACUUCAGAGGAAUCAACAUUCACAUGUCCUCCACCAGCUCCAAAGAAAAGAAAAUCUUCUUCAAGAUGCCAUCACUUUAAGGAGUUUUUUAAUCCUCCAGACUUGGAUUCUGUUUUCAUACGCCGAGUUGAGACUUGA